UCAGAUUAUGGAUUUAAGUAACCUCGAUAAGUUUACAGACUCUGUGCUUACUGUUGACUCUCCUGUUCCAAUCUGUACGCAAUCAGAGGAAUGCUGUGUGGGAAUUGAUGAAGCUGGACGUGGCCCUGUCCUAGGUCCUAUGGUUUAUGGUAUAGCAUACUGCCCUGUGUCAAGAAUUCCUGAUAUCGAAGCUCUUGGAGUAGGGGAUUCCAAGCAAUUGAAAGAGUCUGAUCGAGAUGAAAUUCUUGGGAAGAUGCAUGAAAAUUCAGAUUUUGUUGGAUAUUGUGUUACAGUCUUGUCAGCAAAUUACCUGUCAACAUCCAUGCUUGGACGGGAGAAUUACAACUUAAAUGCAAUAUCACAUGAUACAGCCAUAUCCCUUCUGAGGAAUAUAAUUGCUAAAGGAGUCAAGGUUAAAGAUGUUUAUGUGGACACAGUGGGGCCAGCAGAAAAGUACCAAGCCAAGUUGUCAGCUCUCUUUCCUACAUUGAAUAUCACAGUUGCAUCAAAGGCUGACGACAAAUAUCCCAUUUGUGGAGCUAGCAGUAUUUUUGCUAAGGUUUGCAGAGAUCGGUGUAUGAAAGAGUGGCAGUUUCCAGAGAAGGGUUAUGACAUUUCUGAUUCUGGAUGUGGCUAUCCGUCAGGUAAAGCUCUUCCGGGACAGAAGAUCCUCCCAAGUCCUAAGAUAGUCCCCAACGGAAAAGCCGGGACAGCCAGCCCCCUCCUGGUGGUACAUCGACCGGCAGGACUGUGUCGAGUUCACCCAGUAACAUUCCUAACUAAAACAGGAGCUAAAGUAACGUGGCUAUGUCCUCUUAACUGUGAUCCUUUUUACUUUGGACACAGGAAGAACCAAGCUGCCACCAUGCAGCUCAUAGACUUACGAGAAGUGUGA